AUGGAUCCCCCAGGUGGUGUUGAGGUUAAAGAUGACUUGUACUUCAACCCAUACUUCCCCGGACAAUCAAUUGCAAUGGCUCCAGCACUAUAUAAUGAGAUCAUUGAAUACGAGGAUGGUAAGCAAAAAUUGUUUUUACCAUGCAAAGCUUCAACAUAACUCUGCUAUGUCAAAUUUUGAUAUUUUCGAGAAACACAAAUAAUAAAAGACUUAGACAUUAAAAAAAAUGACUGAGCAUCUUGACCUGUUUGCCACAGGCAGGACUUUUUAUUUAGUAAUUUAAAGGAGCUGUGUCACGAAAUUCAGCCAAAUUAGGAAAUUACACAAUGCCCGUUAAAUUAAGAGAAACAUAAAAAUAACCACUUAAAACUUUAAAGGAAGGUUAAAAUAACAUAAUAGAAACAACAGGUGCCACGGAUGGGCAAAGCUGAAGAUUGAAACGGAUUGAAAUUAGGGUUUUUGAAAACUGUUCAGCCUUACAGUUUUUCAAAGUUGAUCCCUGCUGCUUGCAACUUCGAAAAUAAUGCUCAGGAGACACAUUUGUUUGUCUCGGAUCACUGAUUUUGUCAUUUACAUGCAAUUUCUUUGCUUACCUUAAGUUCCAUAGCGAUACGCUCUUCUCACGUAUGGUAAUAUGCCCGUCUAACCUCGUUUUUGAGUAAAAAGUCCUUUGAAAUGAUAAUCAGACGACGUUUUCGUAUUUGAAUUUCAAAAGAAUUUUUACCCGUAAACGAGGUUAGACGGGCAUAUUACCAUAAGUGAGAAGAGCGUAUUGAGGGCGAGUAAUUGGCAAAAUUAAACAAAAUGAACUGGACUGCCAUGACACAGCCCCUUUAACCUACGAAAAAGUAAUUUUUCAGAAAUUUUUCUUUCAACUCACAGAUCACUAUGAUUAGUGUAAAAAGAAGUUGGUUUUAUAAUCAUUAUCGUCACCGUUAUCGUAAUCAUCGUUGUCGUCGUUAUUAUAAUUAUUAUCAUCAUCAUCGGUAUCAUACACUGUUAUCAUAUAAUUUACUCCAGACAAGUAGAUAACUUAUAGAAAAUGGAAAUAUGCGAUGAGGUCGGUUGAUUAAGCUACGAGAGAAAACGAACGGAAAGAAAACAAGGCCAUCCACUCUGACUACUGGCAAACUAUCUGGAAGUAAGAAAUGUUGUUUGUUGUUUGUGAAUAUUCCAGGAACUCCUGCAACAGUCACUCAGUUGGCCAAAGAUGUUUGCACAUUCCUGAAGUGGGCUGCAGGUAAGAGAUUCUUUCUUUUUUCCCAUUUCAGGGAAGUUAAGGGCGUUUGCCAUUUACCAAAAAACUUCGGAAACUUCGAUGGAAAGUGCCAUCGGGUGAAGAACGUGUGCAAUUUUACAUUCGUUUCUCUCUCUCUCUUUUCAAAAUUCAAGAUGGCAGGACAGAUAUUGCCCUGAAUUGCCUGGAUCUGGCGAAUCCUUCUGAAAAAUUGAAAGUGGAACUCGUAUUUCCACUUGAAAAAUUUCCAACCGGAGAACUAGACAAAGAACCAGACAAAGAACGGGAGAACCGGACAAAAAUCCGACAUGAAAUUGGACAAAAAAAUCAGCCAAGAAAUUAAACAAAGAAUUGGGCAAAUAAUCAGACAAGAAAUCGGGAAAAAACUCGGACAAGAAAUCGCACAAAAAAGCCGACAGAAAUACAGCCAAAGAAGAACCGGACGAAAAAAAAAUGGACCAAAAGCGGGCAAAAAAGAGGGUUGUCCAAUACACCCUUAUUUUCUUGAACGCACAAUGAAUUAACUCCGCGCUUGACCUCUGAUAUUUUUCGGAAAAAUGUUAUCUUUCCUAAAUCUGACCAAUAUUCUUUCAUAGAACCUGACCAUGAUGAUCGCAAGAGAAUGGGGAUGAAGGUAAAUAUUGUUUACUAAUUUUUUACAUUCUAAAGGUGAUGUUAGGCGAGACGAUUUUCAGCGCAACACAGCGUAGCAAUGUUGCAACCAUUCGAAACAAUGUCGCAACAACAUUGUAAUGCUCCUUUGCGCUAGAAGUCGUCGUCGCAAAUCGUCCCGUGAAGCAUCACCUUAACACGGUCGAGCGCCGAGGAAAGACUUUUUAACUAGCGUAGGCGUUUCCUCGAUUCAUUUCUUUUGAAACGUUCAUUGAACUUAUGUAGCAAACCAAAAUCAGUUUGAGAGUCAAGCAGGCCAUUAAAAAAGACUCCAGUUCUUUCAAUAAUAGAAGUGGCUGUGACUGAAAUUAUUCGUAACUGUACGUCAAAAGUGUGCCACUCGCACCCGCGUUAAGCCCGCGCUCUUGGAAAGGCCCUGCACAAGACCUACAAUCAAACAGGAGCAGUGAAGGCAGUAAAGUACCCAGUGCUGGGGCUACAAUUAAUUUUUCCUCUCAGAAACGGGAUCUGUUCGACAAGGCAUUAGUUCAGUCGAACUAACAAAACAUUUUGUGGGGGAAUUUUCCCACCCAAGAAACUAUAAAGAGAAUGGGUAAGAGCUAUCGGCGCAACGAUUUCUGGACUUGUUUGGGUAGACAAGCGUUGUUUAUGAUUGGUUAAUAGUUGCCUUGACCAUCGACCAAUCAUAACUGACGCUUGUCCAACCAAACGAUCCCACAAAUCAUUGCGCCGAAAGCUUGUACCCAUUCCCCUUAUUAUAUAGUUUCUGGAGUGUGGUGUUACAGUGAUAUGGGCAUCCCCGCGUUUUGGGCAUCCCCAUUCCUAAAACCAUAGUGAUAUAGGCGUCCACUUCCUUUUGGGUUAGAAUUAGGGUUAGGGUUACAGGGGAUGCCCAUAUCACUAGGGUUUUGGGAAUGGGGAUGCCCAUAUCUUCGUAACAGCGGACAUGACUUGACACUUUGCUUUAGCUUCAGAACGGAAGUCCUGGCUUCACCAUGUCCGAUUGCGUGUAGGACUUCAUCGGGCAGGGGGCGAUUGUCCGAUAAACGUCAGUAAUUUACAGCUCUGCUGAAGUUUAAAUUUACACCGUUCUUAAACUUGUCUACUUCAGACAAAAAUACUGAACUCGAAAUGUUUUAUUUCCAGGCCCUGACCCUGUUGGCUUUGCUCGCGGCGGCCUCGUACUACUACAAACGUCAUAGGUGGUCGGUACUCAAGAGUCGGAAAAUCGUAUAUCGCCCUUCACCGCACUCUUAA